CACCUGGUGCAGGUGUACUGCCCGCUGGAGGGCGCCCCCUCCCACCGCGUCGCCAACGUCUUUGCCUGCGCCGGGAGGGGCUGCUGGGGAGCGCCCCGCAGCUGGAAGGUGCUGCGCUCGCAGUGUUUGCAGGCACAAGAACAGGAACCGCAGGACUACGGCAUAAACCAGAAACAAGAAUCGAACUUUGCUGCAAAGGAUUGGUGUGAUGAAGCAGAUGACUGGGGAGUCUGUGAUGGAGCAGAAUCUCCUCAAUGUGCCUCCCUUCAGCUGCUUGGCUUAAAUGAAGCGGUGAGCAGCUCCUUGUCCAGAGAGGUGGAGUGUGCAUCCCAGUUCCAACAGCUUCGCUUGUCUGAAGCUGUGGAUGGGUCCAGUUCCCUGAACACACAUCCUCCAGUCAGUGGGGGAAUGGUAGUGGCAACGUCUAGUUCAGCUCCUGUGUUCCAGCCCUUUUACAUUAGUGUUGUGGAUGAGGAAGAUUACACUGGUUUCCUUGAUACAGAUCACGCAGAUGAGCUGUUGAAGGAGUAUCAGCAGAGAGAGGGUGUUGAUUUGGAACAGUUGAUGUCAGAAAGUUUUGCAGGUGAAGGUGAUAAUGAAAAAUAUGAAAAGAGUGAAGUCAAAAGCAGGGACUACACGUUCCAUAAAUUUAUGAAAAGAAUAUCUUUGUGUCAUGAACAGAUUAUAAGAUACUCUUGGGGUGGCCAGCCUUUAUUCAUAACAUGUCCUCCAGCCAACAUUAACAAAGGUAUUCCAGCCUGCAGCAACUGUGGAAGCAACAGAAUAUUCGAAUUUCAACUCAUGCCAGCACUGGUCAGCAUGCUCCAGAGUGAUUCAGAUCUGUCAGUGGAAUUUGGAACUGUUCUAGUUUACACAUGUGAGAGAAGCUGUUGGCCAACAAAUCAUCAAACCCCUCUGGAAGAAUUUAUUUUUGUACAAGAAGACCCAGAUCAGAGAUUAUUUAAAUAAACUGUAUUUCUCUGCAUAGAU